AUGCAGCCUGACCACGCUGAGGUUCCCAAAGCCCUGGCACGUCUCUACUACAAGACUGGCAAGCAUGACCUUGCCGUGCAGGCUUUGAAUAGCUUCAUCACAAGUCAUCCCGCCGCUGUGGAUGCUACGCACAUCAACAUUUUGGCCGAACUGUUCACUGAGGUGAAGCGGGGCCUGGCGCUGCUCGCGCAGCGUGACCUCCCUGCCGCGCUUUCCAACCUCGAAAGCCUGCUCGCUGAGCCAGUGGAGGGCUUCGCGGACCUGUACCUGGAGGUAGGCGAGCGUCUGGCCGCGGCGGGCCACCCCCCGCUGGCGCUGCGCUUCCUGGCCCCGCUGAUGGAGGUGGGUGGCGGCUCCAAUCCCGUGGUCGCCACGCUGCUGGCAGACUGCCACGAGGCGCUGGGCGACCGGCGCAGCGCGCUGGACAUGGUCCAGGCGCUCGUGGAGGGCCUGGACGCCGGCCACCCGGCGCAUGCGGCGGCGACGCUGCGGGCCGCCGCGCUGCAUCGCCAGCUUGGCGACGACGCGGCGGCCACCGCCCUGCUGGAAAGCGUGGAGCAGGUGCUGGCCGUGCAGCAGGAGGGUGCUGGCGCUGAGGAGGGGGCGGGGGCGGAGCUGAUCCUGCGCAGGGCCGCCCUGCUGCACUCCGCUGGGCGCAGGGAGGCAUUCCUGGACCUCGCCCUACCUACGCUGGGCGCCACGCUGCGGGCCCUGGAGGCAGAGGCAGAGCGCAGCGCGCCCGACGUGGCGCUCCGUCGGCGUCUGCGCUGGCUGGGCAGGCGGGGGAGGGAGGUGGGACGAGCACGAGGGCCCGUCACGAUGCUCGACUCUGAGGGCGGCAUGUUCAGGGGGCUGGAUGGGCGCCUGGACCGUAGGAAGGAGCACGUGCGCGAGCUGGAUGCGCGUGUGGAGGAGCUAGUGACCACAGCCGUGCAGAGAGACUCGGAUGAGGAGGAGGAGGAGGGUGCCGCCGCAGGGUUUGUCAUGCGGGAACUCCUGCGCGAGGAAGGCCCAUUUGCCCUCCUGGUCCAGGCGGGGCAGGCCCUGCACGCGGAGGGGCGCUGCAUGGCGAGGACAGGAAAGUCCCGUACUGCUUUGCGGUUCCUGAUCCCUCAGCGCCAUCGCAAUCCCACCUCGCUACCUUUGGCGCUGCUGACUGGGCACUGCCACAUGGCGCUGGGGGCAUGGAGCGAGGCCCUCUCUGAGUACCUGCAUGCCUACAGGCGCGUUGUGGGGAUGAAGCCCAGCGAACCGCUGGUCCUGCUGUGCAUCGCUUCGGGACUCAUCAAUCAGGCGUGUGCUCGAGGGGUGAGCGACAAGGAGGCCCUGGUCCUGCAGGCGUUCGCCUUCCUGGAAGAGUACGCGGCCACGCGCCUGAACACUCAGGAGAGCCUGUACAACUUGGGGCGUGCGGCCCAGCAGUUGGGCAUCCCACAUGUGGCUGUCACAUACUACUGCCGUGCUCUGGCCGAGGGGGUGCCAGGGAUGGCAAGGGAUGACAUGAGCCGGGAGAUUGCCUUCAACCUGAUGCUCAUCUACAGGGCCUCCGGUGCUGCACCCCUUGCAGCAGACCUGGCAAGAAAAUAUUUGACUGUGUAA